AUGUUGGCAGAAAGGUUUUUACCUGGCUUCCACCCUCCCCCCGCCUACAAUGCCUACCCUGCCGCGCCUGGCCCCAAGUGCCAGCUUAGCUCCAGAGUAAGUGCCCAGUUGCGUGAUGAAGAAACCCCGGCUCAGCGCGAAGCCCGACUGGCGGCAAACGCGGAGAGAGCGGCUGCUUCACGUGAUGAAGAAACCCCGGCUCAGCGUGAGGCGCGUCUAGCUGCAAAGGCGGGGAGAGCGGCUGCUUCACGUGCUGAAGAAACACCGGCUCAGCGUGAGGCGCGUCUAGCUGCAAAGGCGGGGAGAGCGGCUGCUUCACGUGCUGAGGAAACACCGGCUCAGCGUGAGGCGCGUCUAGCUGCAAAUGCGGAGAGAGCGGCUGCUUCACGUGCUGAGGAAACACCGGCUCAGCGUGAGGCGCGUCUAGCUGCAAAUGCGGAGAGAGCGGCUGCUUCACGUGCUGAGGAAACACCGGCUCAGCGUGAGGCGCGUCUAGCUGCAAAUGCGGAGAGAGCGGCUGCUUCACGUGCUGAGGAAACUCCUGAUCAGCGCGAGGCCCGUCUAACUAAUGACAAUGAAAGACGUUUUAACCAAAGAUUAAGCCAGACACCACAAGAUCGUGAAAAUCUUUUAAGACAAAGAAGGGAUGAAAGAGCGAAUUUCAUGCGUAUGACAUGGGAUCAGUUUAGGGGUAUAGCUUUUAACUACGAUCCAAUUAUGCCUUAUAACAAUCAUGGACUUUUAAUGAUUGGUGGCAUGACCAACAUUUGCAGGCACUGUGGCGCGUUUAGGUGGAAAAGUGAAAGCCCUGGGAUCUGUUGCUCUAUGGGAAAAGUAAAACUUCCAGUGCCUGAGCCACUAAAAUCCCUUCUUGCUGGGGAAUCUCCCACUUCUAGAGAGUUUUUAAAGAAAGUGCGUCAAUACAACACAUGUUUUCAAAUGACAUCGUUUGGAACAAGUGGUCAGGUUAUUUCCCAUAAUUAUCCUACCACAUUUACUGUGCAAGGACAAAUAUACCACCGUAUUGGUUCAAUUUUACCGACAGAAAAUCGUGAGCACAGUUUCCUUCAGGUAUAUUUUAUGGGCGACAAUAAUCAAGAAUUAUCUAGACGUUGUGACAACAUCCAAGAUUUAAAUCGGAAUACAGUGAACACUUUACAACAGAUGCUUCAUGAAAACAACCAACUCAUCCGUACAUUUAAGUUAGCAAUGGAUCAGUGGCCAGCAGAUGAACUAAAGGUGAUCAUUCGUGCCGACCGUCGGCCCCCUGGAGAGCAUGAAAGACGCUUCAAUGCACCCACAACUAAUGAAAUAGCUGCUGUCAUUGUUGGCAAUGAGUUUGAAACACGUGACAUUGUUCUUCGACGGCGCGACGAGACUCUGGUUAGGGUGGCGGAAACACACAGGUUUUACGAUGCUCUGCAGUAUCCUUUGAUAUUCUGGAAAGGUCAAGAAGGAUACCAUUUUUGCAUUCCACCAAAUAAUCCUGCCAACAAUCAACCUGUUUACAACAAAAAGAUAACUUCCCUCCAGUUUUAUUGUUUUCAUCUUAUGGUUAGGAAUGGUAGCUUCUCCAUUCAUCUGUACAAACAACUGUUGAAUCAAUUCGUUGUCGACAUGUUCGUUAAAAUUGAGUCAGAAAGACUUCAUUUCAAUAAAAAAAAUCAAGGAAAACUUAGGGCAGAAAACUACAUCCAUCUCCAAGACGCAAUUGCUGUUGACGGUACUACGAACCCUAACAACCUUGGUCAAGUAGUCAUUCUGCCAUCAACGUUUACCGGCAGUCCACGUUAUAUGUACGAACAUGCUCAGGAUGCGUUGGCCUAUGUAAGACAUUAUGGGAGACCAGAUUUGUUCAUCACAAUGACCUGCAAUCCUAAAUGGGAAGAGAUUACCUCAGAAUUGUUUCCAGGACAAAAAGCAACAGACAGACACGAUGUAGUUGCUCGAGUUUUUCGACAAAAAAUCAUAAAGUUUAUUGCCGUUAUCACCAAAGGUGAAAUAUUUGGUUAUGUAAGGUGCUGGAUGUACACUGUGGAGUGGCAGAAACGCGGUUUACCUCACAUUCACGUUCUGACUUGGCUGUCCGAACAAAUCCAACCCAACAAAAUUGAUGACAUCAUAAGAGCAGAAAUUCCUGACAACACUGUCGAUCCCCUUCUAUACGACAUUGUUAUAAAGAACAUGGUGCAUGGUCCAUGUUGUAACCUCAAUCCUAACUCCCCAUGCAUGAAACAUGGAAAGUGUACAAAAGGGUAUCCAAAAUCUCCUAUUAAAGAGACUCAGACUAACGAGAAUGGCUAUCCACUGAACAGAAGACGCAGCCCUGAUGACGGUGGCAGAAUUGCUCAUAUCAACAUGACAGCCACUGGUAACAAUCCUGUACAAAUUGAUAACACAUGGAUUGUUCCUUACAGCCCACUACUAAGCAAGUUAUUUAAUGCUCACAUAAAUGUCGAAAUUUGUAGUUCAGUUAAAUCGAUAAAGUAUAUAUGCAAAUACAUUAACAAAGGCAGUGAUCAAGCAGUAUUUGUACUUCAAGGCGAAGUGAACCAACAUAACCGCCGUGACGAGGUUGAGAUGUAUCAGUCGGGUCGGUAUGUCAGCAGUAAUGAAGCUUUCUGGAGGAUAUUUAGUUUUCACCUUCACGAGAGGUACCCAACAGUGACACACUUAAGUGUUCAUCUAGAAAAUGGCCAACGUAUUUACUUCACUGACCGAAACAUGCACGAAAUAAUCCAAAACCCUCCAAACACUACUUUAACUGCUUUCUUCAAGCUAUGUCAAAAUGAUCCAUUUGCCAAAACACUCUUAUAUUGUGAAGUGCCUCACUACUACACAUGGAAUGCCACUAGAAAAAAGUUCCGGCGUCGACUAUUGGGCGUUCCUGUUGAAAACAAUCCAGGUAUAAAGUACAGCGAUGCUCUGGGUCGUGUUUACAACAUCCACCCUAACAACCUUGAAUGCUUUUGUUUGCGAAUGCUUUUGCACAAGGUGCGUGGUCCGACAUCCUUCCAAGACCUGAGGACCGUUGAAAAUGUCAUAUAUGCAACUUAUAAGGAAGCCUGUCAAUCUCUCGGUCUUUUAGAAGACGAAAAUCACUGGGAUUCCACAAUGCAGGAAGCUGCCUUAGUUAAGUCAGCGCCACUCAUACGCCAAUUGUUUGCCAUUCUCAUUAGUUCAUGUGGGCUUCUAAACCCUUUACAUUUAUGGGAAAAGUAUAAGAGUGACAUGUCUGAAGACAUACUCCACAGACACAGAGUUGCAGUUCCUCAAUUGGAGGUAAAUGACUUAAUCAUUAACGAAGCUCUCAAAGAUCUUCAACAGAGAAUUUUGUCUAUUUGUGGAAAGGAUCUUAGCGCUUUCGGUUUACCAAGACCUCAUUUAAAUUUGGAAGCCAACACAGAAGUACUCCGUGAAAGGUCUUAUAACCCUGAUGAGCUUGCACAGUAUGUCCAAGAAAUGACACCGAAGCUACUUCCUGAACAACGAAAUGUCGUAGACAUUGUUCUUACAAAAAUAAUCAACCAGGAAAGUGCAGUUUUUUUCUGGACGCUCCUGGUGGCUCUGGGAAGACGUUUGUUAUGA